CGCCUCGAAUCCCCCCCCCCCCCCCCCCCCGCGUCCCAACCUGUCUCUUUGAGUCCCCCCCUGUGUCCUGCGCUCGGGUGUCGAGGUGGAGGAAUGUAGCGCCGAGCAGCAUGUAGCAACCUGGAGCCGCCGCGCAACACCGCCCCCCCGGAGCGCCCUGAGGACUGAUUCUAUUCCAGGGGAGCAGCAGGAGGCGGCGGCGGCGGAGCGGACCGCGUCCCUCGGUGUCCCGUGUGUCUUCGCGGAGGAGCCGCGGCCGAUGGUCGCGAGGAGCUUCCAUCUUGAGAGACGAUGGCGAGCGACUCCCCGGCGCGCAGCCUGGACGAGAUAGACCUGUCCGCCCUGCGGGACCCAGCUGGUAUCUUUGAGCUGGUCGAACUGGUUGGAAAUGGCACCUACGGGCAGGUGUACAAGGGUCGACAUGUCAAAACAGGACAGCUCGCUGCCAUCAAAGUCAUGGACGUCACAGGAGAUGAGGAGGAGGAGAUUAAAGCAGAGAUCAACAUGUUAAAGAAGUACAGCCACCACAGGAACAUAGCGACCUACUACGGAGCCUUCGUCAAGAAGAACCCUCCUGGGAUGGACGACCAGCUCUGGCUGGUGAUGGAGUUCUGCGGCGCCGGCUCGAUCACCGACCUGAUCAAGAACACCAAAGGGAACUCCCUGAAGGAGGAGUGGAUCGCCUACGUGUGCAGGGAGAUCCUCCGGGGUCUGACUCACCUCCACCAGCACAAGGUCAUCCACAGAGACAUCAAGGGCCAGAACGUGCUGCACGAGAACGCCGAGGUCAAACUAGUGGACUUUGGUGUGAGCGCUCAGCUGGACCGCACGGUGGGACGGAGGAACACGUUCAUCGGGACGCCGUACUGGAUGGCGCCCGAGGUCAUCGCCUGCGACGAAAACCCCGACGCCACCUACGACUUCAAGAGUGAUCUGUGGUCGCUCGGUAUCACAGCGAUAGAGAUGGCAGAGGGAGCACCACCUCUGUGCGACAUGCAUCCAAUGAGAGCGCUCUUCCUCAUCCCCAGAAACCCCGCCCCCCGACUAAAGUCUAAGAAGUGGUCGAAGAAGUUCCAGUCCUUCAUCGACAGCUGCCUGGUGAAGAGCCACAGCCAGCGGCCGAGCACCGAGCAGCUCCUCAAGCACCCCUUCAUCCGGGACCUCCCCAACGAGCGGCAGGUCCGCAUCCAGCUGAAGGACCACAUCGACCGCACCAAGAAGAGGAGGGGGGAGAGGGAUGAGACAGAAUACGAGUACAGCGGGAGUGAAGAAGAGGACGAAGAGAGAGACGUCGGAGAGCCCAGCUCCAUCAUCAACAUCCCCGGCGAGUCGACCCUGAGGCGGGACUUCCUGCGCCUCCAGCUGGCCAACAAGGAGCGGUCGGAGCUGAUCCGGCGUCAGCAGCUGGAGCAGCAGCAGAACGAGGAGCACAAGCGCCAACUGCUGGCCGAGAGGCAGAAACGCAUCGAGGAGCAGAAGGAGCAGAGGAGGCGGCUGGAGGAGCAACAGCGGCGCGAGCGGGAGAUGAGGAAGCAGCAGGAGCGAGAGCAGAGGCGGAGGUACGAGGAGAUGGAGCAGCUCCGUCGGGACGAGGAGAGGAGGCACGCGGAGAGAGAGCAGGAGUAUAUCCGUAGGCAGCUGGAGGAGGAGCAGCGGCAGCUGGAGAUCCUGCAGCAGCAGCUCCUGCAGGAGCAGGCCUUACUGCUGGAGUACAAGAGGAAGCAGAUCGAGGAGCAGCGGCAGGCGGAGCGGCUGCAGAGGCAGCUGCAGCAGGAGCGGGCGUACCUGGUGUCGCUGCAGCAGCAGCAGCAGCAGGACCCGGCGCGCCCGCCGCAGGACAAGAAGCAGCUGUACCACUACAAGGACCAGGCGCCCGGCGCCAACGACAAGCCGGCCUGGACCAAGGAGCACAAAGUCUCCAACCGGAUCUCGGACCCGUCGCUGCCCCCCCGCUCAGAGUCCUUCAGCAGCGGCGGCAUCCAGCAGGCCCGGACCCCCCCGAUGCACCGCUCCAUCGAGCCCCAGAUGGCCCACCUGGUGCAGGUGAGGAGUCACGGUCUGUCCGGCUCUCAGUCCCUGUACGACCCCCACGGCGUCUCCUCCUCGGCGUCGCCCUCCCCCUCCCGGCCUCCCAUGCCCCGGCAGAACUCCGACCCCACCUCCGACACCCCUCCUCCCCCGACCCUCACCCGCCUGGCGCCCCCCCUCGACAAGCUGGACCGCAGCUCCUGGCUGCGGCAGGACGACGACAUGCCGCCCAAGGUUCCUCAGAGGACGACCUCCAUCUCUCCUGCUUUGGUCAGAAAACACUCACCUGGAAACGGACCGGGCCUCGGGCCUCGAGCCGGAGCUCACCUCAUACGGGCCAGCAACCCCGACCUGAGGAGGACCGACGUUGCCAUGGAGACGCCUCUGAAGAGGACGAGCAGCGGCAGCUCCUCCAGCUCCAGCAACCCGAGCUCCAAGGGAGGCUCCAACGAACGAGGUAAUUCAGCCGCUCCGACCGAAGGAUCAACUCCUUCGGCCCACGAGACCAAAGAGGACGGCAGAGAGCCGACGCGACCCAGCAGGCCUGCAAGUUAUAAGAAAGCUGUAGACGAGGUCAGUGAUGUUCUCCCCCCCCCCUCCCCUCUGGUUUCCUCCCCCACGCUCACCUUUCCGUUCAUUCCUGCUGCCUACAGAGGAAAACUGACGAUUGAUUGACGGGUGAUUCAUCUCAUCCACUUCCUGUUGUCAUUUACAUCCUCGUGUCUCACGUUUCAUCUGGUGUCACUUUCUCUCUUCCUCCCUUUUGAUCUCCUCUCAUCAGGAGGAGUUGGUAAGAUAAUCUCACCCCUCCUUGUCCCCCUCCUCUCACAUGCACACCCCCUUUUUGCUGAUGACGGCCCUCGUGCACUGAGGCAUGACCCCCCCCCCAUACAAACAAAAUAAAUAACAGCUUGUGCCACAAAUCGUACAAAACUUUUAUUUGUAUCCCCUGCUUGUUUUAUAUAUA